AUGGGGCUGUGGCAGAGCAUGGGAUGUGGGGUCUGUGUGUGGCUGGUGGCCCUGUGUUUGUGUUGGCAUGGGGGUAGCCCCUCCCCGGUGACCCCUGCGGUGGGGUGCCAGGGCCCGGAGGUCCUGAGGGCGGCAGAGGAAGGCCUGGACCAGAUCAAUUCUGACCUCACCGAAGGAUUCAUCCUCAGCCUCAACAGAGUCUAUGAUGUCAGCCAGCAGACAGGGGAGCAGCUGUUCAACCUGACCAUAGACGUGCUGGAGACAAAGUGUCAUGUGAUCAGCAGGAAGCCGUGGAAGAAAUGUGAAGUAAAGGAUGUAGCUAACGUACCAGUAAGCAGUCUACCAUAUAGGGAUGUAUGGGUUUAUAGAGAGUGUAUGGGCAUUGUAUGGCGUCUAAAGAGUGUGGAACUGCGCAGCUAUAAAUGUGCCAUCCAACAAGUGCCUGCCACGGUCAUCGUCGACACGUGUCCAGACUGUCCAACAGUAAUGUAGCUGGAUGACCCCAUCAUAGCGGAGACGGCCAAUCUGAUCCUCCAUAAAUACAACAGAAUGAAUCGCCUGCCAAACUACUUCACCCUCCUCAACGUAACAGGAGCUAACAUGCAGUGGGUAAUGGGUCCGGCCUACUUUGUAGAGUUCACCAUCAGAGAGACGGUCUGUGCUAAGGACACUCCUGACGUUGAUCUGACCCAGUGUAAAAUGAUGGACUGUGAAUUUGCAGGGAGUACAGUACCACACUACAUCUACACACUGUCUAUCACAUGUUUUGAAAUAGGGAAAAAGGGGCACAAGGCCUUUUGCACAGGCUCUCACACCACUCUGGAUGAUGGCACGUUUCAGACCAAACGUCCCAUUGAGGUGAAGUGUGAAAUCUUUGAACCAGAGGUAGGAAUCUUCCACAACAGUGCCAUCACUGCCAUGCCAGCUGCCAAGGCAGAGGCCCAUGUCAGAGGAGACAGUGGGCAUCAGAGUGAAGAUGAGGACCAUAAACACACGUACACACACCUGCACCCCUAUGAACACCACCACCACCCCCCCAACUCCAAUCAGGCUUCCCCCAGACUGAUGCGCUCGUUGGGUAUAGUGGUGGUUCUACCUCCCCCUCAUGUUCCACCACCUCCACGAGCCUCACCAACAGCAAGCAACUGUCCAGCCAAGAGGAAAACUAACCUGGGACUGGAUAGGUUUCCAAUUUGA